CUACACAAUGUCUAUUGGCUCUCAUUAUUAUCUUUUUUAUUAGUGAAGAUCAUGUAUUGCAUGUAGUCAGCCCAACAAUUUAGUCGUACUAUACCAAUAUGUUAAUGUUCAUUGACUGUCAAAACAAUAAAUUUCUAAAGAAAUGAAUAAUGAUAAUAACAUAAAAUUUGUAUAGCAUGACUAAAUCGUCAGGCUGCCUACGCCGCUGCCAAUUUGAUUAAACUCGCAGAUAUGAAACAUUCCAACUUAUAUUUCUAUAUCGCCGAAGUUUGCAAAGGAAUAGUUUAGACUCGGGUUAAGUCCUCUUACUAGAUUGCUUGCCUAUAUAUAGUCUCGUAUAUAGUUUAGGUCAACAAAUUUCCGUAUGCAGGCCCUCGACAUAAUGAGGUGAAUUUAAUAAAAUAACAUUCAAGCGCGUUUGUAAUCGCUGUUAUCGCUUAAAUCAACAGUUUAUUGACAAAUAUUGUCAUGAUGCUUUUGCAAAUCAACGAAGCACAACCGAGGCUAAUACGUGUGUUAAUCAUUUCUUAUUAAAUUUUACAUUUAUUGACCCUUUGGAUGGGAUUCCUGAAAAGCCACAAGUUAUGAUAAACCUUGCUGCAUCGUAGCUUCCGUAGUAUCGCGUGCAGGAAAGACUCGGAGAGCAUUCCUAGUAUAACUAUCACUGUCUCACAUCCUCUGUGGCAAUUAUAACGAAAACACGCACGAUGAUAACGAAAGAACAACAAGACAGUAAUAAUGCAAUCUCCGAGUACGACUGGCAUAUACCUGUCGCGUGUGUAUUAAAUUUCGGGUUGUUUAAUUUUCUAAAGUGUUUCGUGACGUGUUUGACCUUACAGCCGCAAGAAGGAGGAGAAUUCAUCAAAAACUAAUAUUGUUCAACGCUGCGCUGUCGAUGACGAAAUGUGCUCGAGCUCAUUUUAAUAUUGUUUCCCUUUGGGGUCUGGUUCCGGAUCAGCGUGCAUAUAUAGCCAGUGUCUUAUUUCCGUCUCACACACACACAAGCAGCGCCAACGUAAUUGCUGACAAAUCAGACGGUAGUCAGGAGUAUUGUUGUGGUACCAGUUACUAGCAGAUUCAUACCACCAGUUUAAAGAUAUAAAAUAUACAAGUUGGACGCUAAAUUUUGUCAACACGUUGGUCUUUGGUUCCGGCUUCGGGAUCUAAAUGCCGAGAUCCUGGCUUCAUCGCCAAACUCGCUGUCGUAAUAAGAUGCCAACAGAGUUAACUAUACUUCGUGGUAAAAAUCCGUCGAACGAACACCCAAACUUUAUCUCAGGCGAGAGUUCUCACGUCGCAGCCCAUUGUAAAGGACGGCUGGUCUCACAAAAUGGACGAAUCAAGGUGGCAAAUUCAAACGUGCCCGGGAAACACGAGCGAUACAUUGACGACUUAUUCACGACUAUUCUAGAUAUGCCCUUUAGAUGGAUACUUGGUAUUUAUUCGAUGGUGUACCUGGCUAGUUGGUUAGGGUUUGGCACAAUUUGGUUUAUUAUACACCGCGUACGUGAAUCAAAAGGCUACGACGAGUACUAUUGUGUCGAGAAAGUUGAUAGUUGGACGUCGGCGUUUCUCUUCUCCAUUGAAACUCAAACAACAAUAGGUUACGGCGGCAGACAGGUGACACCAAACUGUCCGGAAGGUGUGGUACUUCUUUUAAUUCAGACUUUAGUUGGCUCAUUUAUAGCCGCGACUUUACUGGGGAUCGUGUUCGCCAAAGCAUCGAGGCCUAAAAAACGCUCACGAACUGUGCUAUUUUCUGAGAAAGCCGUGAUAGGAAUGAGGGACGAUAAUCUCUGCCUCAUGUUUCGAGUCGCUGACCUCAGGGCAUCGCAAUUACUGGAAUGUCACAUACAAGUGGAAAUGUUUUAUACACGUCAGACAAACGAGGGAGAGUUGCCGUAUUUCCACGAAAAAUUGAGCAUCGGUAAUGGAUUUGAGUCUGAAGGUGAAGGCGAAGAGAUAUAUUAUACCUUUAUGAUAAUACCAAACACAAUUGCACACGUUAUUAACAAAGAUAGUCCGCUUUACUCCAUGAGUAGUUUGGAUAUGCUUAAAGCGAAUGUUGAAUUGGUCGUGUUUUUGGAAGGGGUCAUCGAAAGUACAGGCUUGACGAUGCAAGCUAGAACGUCUUACACAGCAAAUGAAAUUGUCUGGGGAUGUAAUUUCGUUCCAAUGCCUCGCCAUGAUGAUUUGUUUUUCAAAGGGGAACUCGAGGUCGAUUUUUGCCAUUUUAAUAAAUUUCAGCCGGUUAGUAAAAUGCCUGUGUGUUCCGCGAGGGAUCAUGAACUCGGGAAGACGAGACGAAAAGGGGAAGAGAGUGCUAGCGAUGAGAUAGAAGAGGUGAGUAAUGGUCACGGCGGUGCAAAUGGGGUGAAUAAGGAGAAGAAUGCUUUACCUGGGGUGAAGAAUGAACAGAAGAACGGACAGGAGAAGGAAGUUGUGUCUAUGUCAAGGUCUAAAGACGGAUGCGAGGUGUUUCAAAAUGGAUUGGUGACUACAAGUUUAUCGGAUAUAAAAGUUGCAUCAUUGGGCAAAUUGCGAGAAAUUGAAGACGAUCAGCCUGAGUAGGAACGGAGAACCAGCGGUGUGUCGUUUGUCCUUUUUGUUAACCUCAGCUAAGAGAGUCUGAGACUUGUCAAUACUAACAUUAAUCUGUUGCUAAUUAAAAUAAGUUGCUGCAGAUUUUUGCAACUCUAAAAGAUAUAAAUCAAAAUGAAUUUCAUUCACUCAAUUUACAAAUCAUCCCAUCGUAUUCACUCGCGCUGUUGCCUAUAAAGGGUCUAACUCUUUGCAACCUAUAUCAUUGCUUAACAUUAAUUUCAUCCUAUAAUAUAUUUCAAGCCAAAAUAUAACAUAUAAUCAUCCCCAAAUACAACGAUGAUAUAGUAUUUAUUGUAGCCAAAACCACACUCAACCAUCGUUUUGUUUAUACGCUUUGCCUUGUCUAAAAUUAAUCAUAUAAUGUAUAACAGUAAUACCAAUCUAAUCCUUGCUUGCAAUCUCUUGUAUACAAAUGCUAUUCGUAUUUAUUUAAUUUAAUCGACCCAAAUUUUAUAUUGUUAAAAUCAAGGGAGUUUGCGGGGGGGUGGGGGGUGUCCUUUUGUAAUGCGGUAUAUAUAUGUAAUAUUUCUCAAAUGAUUGUGAACUUAAUUUUGUAAUAUCACUGCCAAUUCAGCUGAAAAU